AUGCACCGGCGGCUCCACACGGGAGAGAAACCCUACAGCUGCGACUUCUGCAGCAAGACCUUCAUCCGCAGCACGCAUUACAAAGAGCACAUCCGUCUGCACACGGGCGAGCGGCCGUACUCCUGCGACGUCUGCAACAAGACCUUCAGGACCUCCUACCUGUUAGCCGCGCACAAGACCACGCACAACAAACACACCGUCAUCUCCUGUGACAAAUGUGGGAAAGUCAGUCACACCAGAGGGACCUUCGCUUACCACAUGAGGAGGUACCAUCCCGAGGUCAAGCCCCAGAACCCAAACCCCAUCGGAAACUUCUCUAGGUUCAAAUCCAAACAGCAACGAGACGAAGAACCACAGGAGAGAGCGUCCCAAACACAAGAGACAAGUGAAGAAGAGGAGGAGUCUGUGGUUGGAAGAAGAGUGGCUGUUAAACAUGAAGAAGAAUCCUCUGAAGGACAGGAGCGAGGAGGCUCCAGCGCCGAGCCGAGGCUGAAGUCUGAGAAGGAAGUCAUGAUGGAGAUCAAAGAGGAGCCGGAGGAGGAAGCUUUUCUUAUUGGUCCAAAGUAA